AUGUCGGAAAUGAAGAAGAUCUUUACCUCCAACUCCAUGGCUCCUGUUGGCCCUUACAGCCAAGCGGUCCAAGUCGGCAACCACAUUUUCGUGUCUGGCCAAAUCCCCGCUGACAAGAAUGGAAACUUGGUCGAGGGAAGCAUUGCAGACAAGACAAAGGCUUCUUGCGAGGGCAUGAAGGCCAUCCUCGAAGAAGCCGGUAGCAGUAUCGGCAAGGUCAUCAAGGACUUUGCAGAGAUGAAUGGCAUGUACGAGCAAUACUUUUCGCACAAGCCUGCUCGCAGCUGUGUGGCUGUCAAGGAGCUUCCCAAGGGCGUCCCCGUCGAGAUUGAGGCUAUUGCUCUCUCGUAG